AACUCCACAACUUAUUUGGCGUAUCUUGACCACCACCUAGUGGUAUAAAUAGUUCUCACAUAAAAAUCAAAAAUGGCGGCGCCCAUAAGGACAUUGUGCUGUACAGCUUUGAGGCAUUCCAGUCGUCUUUUUACUACUGCGUGUGGGGCACAGGCCGGAAUCAAGUGGAGGACCGAAAAUGGUCUGGCCCGCAGUGGAACAGAGUAUGGCCCCAUGACAGAUCUCCCUGACUGGUCCUUUGCAGAUGGCCGGCCUGCACCCCCCCUGAAAGGACAGCUGAGGAGAAAGCAGGAGAGAGGGACGUUAGCAAGACGUGUAGUGAAUCUCAGCUUGGAGGUGGAUAAGGGGAUGGAAGUGUGGAGGGAGAAACAGGAAGAAGCCAAAAGAAUGCAGGAACGCAAUAAAUCUCUUCUGCUUAAACCCAAAGGAAACCUUUUAUUGAAGAAAAAUAAGUAAUCACAUUUUCUGUUCUGGCCGACUUGACUUAUUGACAAAAUGGAGGAGAUUUGCGCAGUUGGUGAAUGGCGUUGUCUUUCCAUUUAUGUUUGUACUUAUUUAACCCUUUUCAAUGUUUUCUGAAAUAAAACUUGAAUGUAUAUCCACUA